GAAAAGUUACAGCGUCCAAGCCGCCCCGCAGAAAUGGGUCUAUCUGGAGUGAUUAUCUUCACAGUUAGUGUUGCUAUAUGUUGGCCAAUCAUAGACACUACCCCACAGUAUGAAAAGAGUUGUUCGAUGGUGGAGACAGAGGACUGUAGUUCUACACAGUUUACAGAUUCUUCCUGUUUUGGACAAUGCACGCUGGCUCUCCAGAAUGACGCGUGCGAGACCGAGAUGUGUUCGAAAAACGUCACGAUACCAGCCGUUUACUCUGACGGCAUGAUCUGCGUUCGAGGAGGACAGGCGAUAGUCGAUCGCACCGUCACGACCACGGAGUGCCAAGUUGCUUACAAAAUCAUUCCCAAAAAGGGACUACAGUGGCACAUAAUAGUGAGCACAGGCAGUCUUUGCAAGGCAAUAUGUUACAAUCUUGCCGCUUUAUUCAAAUCCCCUCAUCCAUUUAACGCCGAGGCUUUCACAGUUUCGAGCACAAAUGAGGAACAUCCGUAUGUGCUGCCAAUUUCACCUAAUUCAGUAUAUUGUACUCUUGGAGGUAGCAGACUAGACAUGUAUAAGGACACAAGAGACCCAGUGAGAGCAUCCGGGGAAUGCAAAUUAGAGUACGUCCAAUCAACAAAAUCUCAUAAAAUGGUACCAGCAGUGCUGGCUACAGCUAAUCCACCGGAUGAAGCAGUUGUAAGAUGUGGAGUAACGUGUGUGAGUUCAGAAUCGACUGUGGUAUUAAAAUAUGUAAAGAAAUUUACGGAGAGUGGCAAGAUUGUAACGUCUGAGGACUGCCCAUAUUGUUCUCUCGACGAGUGGUCAGUAGUGCUGCCUGUGCCGAAUAGCAGCAAUGUUACUCCACAAUGUACGUUGACUAGAGACAAAGAAGACUACUGGCAUUUUCAAAUUAAUGGUGCGCCCGCUGUGGAGUGUUCUGUUCUAUGUUCUUGUGUUGAGCAAAGCCAUAUGACAAACAAGACGGAAUGUAGUGUAGACACUACGACUUGACUAACUCUGUAUUUAUUAGGUUGUGAUCUUUUGUAAUUAAAUCAUAAUGAUUGACGAUUGCUCUAAUUGUAGAAAUUGUGAACAGUUACAUUUGUGUGUACUACCAUGGCUUCAAAAGCACAAAGUCAGAAAAUUUGUAAUUUACAAAUAUCCCAAUCGUAUCCCACAUUUGUGUGAUUGCUAUACACUUACUAACGUAUUUCAAUACAAUAUAUUGUUUCUAGCACUCAACGUCGUAUCGUCUCUCACACAAACGCUGAAUUAAGUAAAUUACAAAAACAUCCACUUCUCAAAUUAAGAGUCAAAAACCCAAAUAUUUACUGAUCAGGCGCACGUACACGCGUCGACAUUGUACAACGAUCGAACCAUACCGUAAUCUCGAACUAGCACUGAUUUCGUAGAGUUCUGGUCACGAGCAUUAGAGUCAUUGACUCUAAUCACUGCUGUGACGUGUAGCUUUACAUCGACCGGUUUCUUG